AUGACCAUGGCAUUUCCAAUCACGUUACUGCUUUUCGCUCUUGCAAUUCAAAAAGUGAAUCUACAACUGGUGUGCUAUGAGUGUGUGGAUUGUGAUUUUAAUCCUACAAUAGCUGUAGUGUGUGAAGAAAGCUAUCCGACUCCUACUUUACCAACAAGCCCCGAUCCAACAUGUGCUACCUGUGAGCCAGCGACUGAUACAACUCCGGAGUUUACUCCAACUUUGCCAACCACAUUUGAACCAACAUGCCCAACAUGUGGCACGGAACCGGAAACAACGCCUGAAUUCACUCCAACUUUACCAACCACUUUUGAACCAACGUGUCCAACAUGCGCUCCAGAGACUGAAACAACUCCAGAAUUUACUCCAACUUUACCAACCACAUUCGAGCCAACGUGUCCAACAUGCGCUCCAGAGACUGAGACAACUCCAGAAUUUACUCCAACUUUACCAACCACAUUCGAGCCAACGUGUCCAACAUGCGCUCCAGAGACUGAAACAACUCCAGAAUUUACUCCAACUUUACCAACCACAUUCGAGCCAACGUGUCCAACAUGCGCUCCAGAGACUGAGACAACUCCAGAAUUUACUCCAACCUUACCAACCACUUUUGAACCAACUUGUCCAACAUGCGCUCCGGAGACUGAAACAACUCCAGAAUUUACUCCAACUUUACCAACCACAUUCGAGCCAACAUGCGCAACAUGCGCUCCGGAGACUGAAACAACUCCAGAAUUUACUCCAACUUUACCAACCACAUUCGAGCCAACAUGCGCAACAUGCGCUACAGAAGCGGCAACCACACCUGAAUUCACUCCAACUUUACCAACUGGCCCAGAACUUACGACAUCUAGCACCAUAUGUCCUACAUGUGCACCAGAAACUAGCCCAGAGUUUACGCCCACAUUACCUACCAGCCCGGAGCCUACGUGUGCGACAUGCUCGCCAGCACCGAAUACGGUCACUGUGCCAAUCACUAGCCUACCCGGUGCAUCGCAAAUUACCACCAUUUGGCCCGGUCAAACCAUACUAACUCCUCCGCUCACAACCGCUUCCGGACCGACUUCUUCGCAAAUUACUACCAUUUGGCCAGGUCAAACUUCGGAUAUAACCAUAAUUACUCCACCGCUCACAACCGCUCCUGGUCCGACUUCUUCACAAAUUACUACGAUAUGGCCUGGUCAGUCAGACAGUUGGCCUCCCAUCAUUCUGACGACGCCGCAAACUACAUGGCCUACGAUCCUAACUCAGUCAACAGGGUUUCCUCCGAUAAUAACUACAUUUGGUACACCCGUUCGCAAAGAACACCUACCGAUGCCGGUAUAUGUUUGCCAUGUUACGGAACGAAUCGUAAAUAAUCGCCUUGUUACAGACCGUGGAUGCAGCAUACGAGGCCAAUCAGCUGCAGAAACUUGCACGAUUAUUAAUAAUAACCAGCCGUACGAGAGGUGCUCCCUUUGCUCAUGGAGUUUAUGUAAUAGAUAA